GAUCAGACAACGCCCCGACCGGACAGAAACGAAACGGACUCCCGUACGCACGGUUCCGUUGGCCGGAAUGAUAGUGAUAAGAUAAGCACAGGUGUGACUAAUUUUUUUUCAACUAGUGAUCAGUGAUAAAUGCCAAAAGGUGAAAUAAAGUGAAAGUUACUAAUAAUUGUGCGAAAUGCGUUGGAAGUUUGCUCUGCUACUGCUGGCAGCAGUAGCUGUGCUGGAAAGGACAGUUCCUGUGUACGCGGAAGAGGAUGUUGCCGAGGGCGAAAGUGAAACAGUCGAACUAUCGGCGGAAAAUGUGGAACAAGACACGCAAGCCGCUCCAGUGUCGCAGGAAGUGAACGAAGAAGCUACUGAAAGUGAGGAUCCAGACGAUGAAGACACCAAGGUGGAUGAAGAUGCCGUUGAAGUGGAUCCCGCAAGUUCCGUUAAAACUAGAAAGGGAAAGUAUUACAACUAUGACGACUUCCUGUCCAACUUGGAUACAUAUGAUUCAAACUAUGAUUGGUCUGAUCCAAUGAACCGCGUUCAGCCGAAGGACCCACCCAACUUCCAAAAAGACGGCACGGCGUACACCAUCACAUCCGCCCGACUGGCGGAACUUCGCCGGCAAUUCUUCUACCCAUUCUACGACCGCGGUGGACCGGAGAAUAUUGGCGAUCUGCAGCGUGACAUUCAUGCCUCAAUGCCGCAGGUGCACAAGAACUUCAACUUCCAGCUUCCGUUCUACGGUUUCCGUUUCAACUACACCCGAGUGUCGAUGAACGGUUUUCUCGAAUUUUCCGACCCACCGGAGCACUACACUUACCCGCUGUCGUUCCCAAUCAAGGAUUGGCCCCGCCGUAACGAUCCGUCCUUUAUUGGAAUAUUUUUCUCCAAAUGCCGUAUCGGUCGAAUCUACGACACCGAUAUCGAUCAGCGUUCCCCCGGGGUUUACUUCCGGAUGGAGCGUGAUUUACAGACCCGAACCGACCGACCGGGAGUUGAAAUGCGCGAGCGGGCAAUGUGGGAUAUACGGGAAGGAGUGGUCGGUUCGGACACCUUCAUUCCGAAGCACGUCAUCAUCACGACCUGGAAGAAUAUGAGCUUCGCUGGGGGGAUUGAUAACUCUUUGUUUAAGACGAAUAGUUUCCAAAUGAUUCUCGCUACUGAUGAAGUGUACACAUACGCAAUCUUUAACUACGCAAUCAUUAAUUGGUCAUCACACACUGAAGCGGGUGGUGAUACAACUGGUGGAGAGGGUGGUGUUCCUGCUUUCAUCGGAUUCAACGCAGGAAACGGUACACAGGCGUAUGAGUACAAACCGUACAGCCAGGCUUCAGUGUUGCGUGACUUGACAGGACGCGGUUGGGCGAACGGUUUCCCCGGAAGGCACAUCUUCCGUCUAGAUGAACGCAUUAUGCUUGGUACCUGCAACAAGGAUAUAGACGCCGCACAUUUGCCGUUAGUGUUCGCCCCGGAGUCAGGAAACAUGUUAGGAGGAACGGUGGUGAACAUUACUGGACCUUGCUUCAUGCCCAACGAUCGCGUUGCUUGCCGGUUCGACACGGAGGAGGUUAUCGGAACGGUGGUGGACACGAAUCGUGCCAUCUGCGUUCAGCCGUUCCUGAAGGCGCAAGGAUACAUUCGCUUCGAGAUUUCGGUUGGCGUAGAACGGUUCAAGUGGCGAGGACGCUACUUUGUCGAAACCCCAGCGACGGCAACAGAUCGGAUCUUCUUCGAGUCGGAUGACGUCCAUCGACGCAGUCCGUCGGAAAUUAGAAUCACCUGGAAUCGGUACAAUUUGACAACCAACUUGAAUGCUAACGUACAGAUUUCGCUUUGGGGAUACCGCGAGGCGACUAUUCGACCGGAAUUGGAAUACAUCGAUAUGCUUGAGGCACAACUGACAAACACUGGAUCAUACACGAUUGCUCCUGCAAACUACAGACUUCGAGAUAAUCCACGCACCGUGGACAUGCAGUUCGGAUUCAUUCAGAUCAACCUAACCAACCCAGAGCAGUUCAACGGACUGGCAAUUUCACCCGUUCUAUGGUCUAAACCGAUCCCUCUAGGUUGGUACUUCGGACCCCAGUGGGAACGAAUCCACGGUAGAAAUUGGCCGAGAGCGCUGUGUGACAAUUGGCUGAUGACCGAUCGCUUCCUGCGCAACUUCGCCCAUGAGCUGCCGAUCUGUCCCUGCAUGAUGGAACACGCAAUCUACGAUAAAGGCCGCUAUCUGCCGGAUCCCGACUGCGAUCGAGAUACGAACCCAACCUGUUUGCAUCACCGGGGAGCGAUCCACUGUAUGCGGUCAGGACAACCGUCGGCCCAGGGUUCCGAGCAGCAGUGCUGCUACGAUCGUAACGGCUACUUGAUGCUUUCGUACGAUCAAAUGUGGGGAUCACGACCACGCCGUAAUCACAACAUUGGCCAGAUGCCGUGGAAUGAAGCUAACAAAGUGCCCACCUUGUCCACUUGGUUCCACGACGUACGUCCGUAUUACUCGUGCUGUAUGUGGCAGGAUGAACAAGCUGUCGGAUGUGAAACGUUCCGAUUCGAACGACGACCUUCUCAGGACUGUAUUGCUUAUCAAUCGCCGGCUGUCGCUGCCGUCUUCGGUGAUCCUCACGUUGUGACGUUCGAUGGGCUGCAGUACACCUUCAACGGAAUGGGUGAAUUCGUGCUUCUACGCGGCAACAAUGGCCAGGAACGUAUCGACGUUCAGGGUCGUUUCGAACAGGUUCCACGUAACAUCCACGGACCGGUUAUGGCAACACAUUUAACAUCGAUCGCUGCCCGGGGUAACACUUCUACGAUUAUUGAAGUACGGCUACGACCGCAGUACGCCCAGUGGAGAUAUCGGCUGGAUGUUUUCGCCGAUCAGCGGCGAAUUUACUUCGACAGACAGAGUUUGAAGUUCCAGCAUUUCCAUGGAGUUACCGUGUACACUCCGACGUACAUUCUGAACCAGUCGGAAGUUGUGAUCAUGUUUUCGUCAGGAGUCGGCGUAGAGGUGGUGGAGAAUAACGGAUUUAUGACAGCGAGAGUUUACACUCCUUGGAGUUUCAUAAAUAAAACGCGAGGACUUUUCGGCAACUGGAGCUGGAAUAUGGCCGAUGAUUUGGUUCGUCCGGAUGGAACCGUUAUAGCGCCCAAUUUGAAUCACUUCGGAGAUAUACACAACAACUUUGCAAUGCAUUGGAUGCUGUCAGAUCGAGAACAGGAAGGGGUUGGGCAGGCACUUUUCACACGAGAAUUCGGACGGACGUCCAGUUACUUCGCAAACGCUACGUUCUUGCCGGAGUUCCGGCGCGAACCGAGAGAGUUCCUGCCGCCGAAUCGAACACAUGACAUAGAACGGGCGGAGGAACUCUGCGGUGAAAGCUACCAGUGUCGGUAUGACUUCGGAAUGACACUGAAUCGGGAAAUGGCACAUUUCACCAAAAACUAUCACGCCAGUGCCAUUAACAUACAGACUAUAAACAAUGAGCGGAUAAUAUCAUGCGGAAUAUUGGAAACUCCUCGAUUCGGGCGCAAGUCGAACUUUAUGUUCACACCGGGCGCUCGGGUGUCAUUCGAGUGCAACGAAGGAUUCUUCCUGAUAGGUGACGCACGACGUGUCUGCCGUGAGAACGGUCAAUGGGAUAUUCCGGAGUAUGGAUUCACCGAAUGUCUACGCAAGGUAUUCUAUGCCCGUCGUACCGCCUGGAUCACAACGGGCAUUGUCCUAGCUGUAAUGAUACCGUUGAUUAUGUGUAUUGUCUGUGGAGUCUAUUGCUUCCGUAAGCGCAAGUUGAAGGACGAUCCGGACUGGCGUAUGCCACUCCCGUCUCGGUCGGGUUCGCGCGCAACACUGCGCAACCUGAACAGUGACGGUAGCGAAUAUGAUGACAACACGAUCAAGAAGGUCCGCCGGUACGACGCUACCUACAAAACCCACGAACCGUUGGAAGGCAAGCCCGACAUACAAUUCGAGCCAAAGAAGAUGGACCUGGAUGAAGAAGACAUCACGUCCUCGGAAGGAGGUGAAUAUAGAGAUAAAGUUGUAAAUGAAUUCCAAUAUAAGAAUAUGGCUGAUCAAAAACAACUAGGUCGACGGAGACUAACUACCGGAACAGAAAACGGAGCGGCCGCGGGGCCUUCGAUGUUCAGUGACGAUGAAGAAAAUACUUAUCCACCACCGCCGACCGAGUCUCCGACGCGCGCGUACGGAGCCUACAGUCCAACUUUCAGUGGAAUCGAUCGUAACAGUAGUUUUGCCACUGAGGAACCCUCGCCGGUCAAUCAAAGACGACCCGGUGAAUUUCCCACAACUACCCAACCCAACAGCACUUUCUACGGUGGACAAAGCAGCAACCAGCCCCUCGUUCAGAACGUAGGCCUUCCAGCCCGCCUGGACAGCCGAUCGACCGAGGUCUAACUUUUAACUAUCCUUGACAAAGCCAUAUUGCUACAAAACCUCAGAUAGAGGGAGCAGUCAGGUAUUUUUUCGACAUCACUGAUUCCGUCAUCUUAUUUUCGUUUCUACAGUUAGUCGCGUACAGCUCAAGUAGAUAACAUGUUUUUUUUUCCUAGCGAUAAGGCCAACAGUGUGUAUUUUAUGAUAAGCGUAAAUGGUGAAAUCAAUAAAACUAACUCAAUGUCCUA